UUGUGUCUCCCGCUCUUCCUUUGUCCUAGCCUUCAUUUUCUCUCCGCUUUCCCCUCGCCUUGUUUUAUGGCAUUUCCCUCCAGCUUGUGGGAAGCGCCGCCAUUGUGGGGAGGCGUUUGAGGAGGGCCGUCGUUUUCUUCUGGAGCCUUCCUACGUGCGUGCGAUUGCGCCUUCCCCAUCCCGGGUUUCGUGCACAGCCGCUCCUCUCCACCGCCGCCUCCUUUGUUAAAUACUCCAGCCUGAAUCGCAGAGCCCUGACAGCUUUCCACCCCCGGUUCGAUCUGGCAAAACUUGUUUUCAUAAACGUCCGACGCAGUCCUUCUCCAGACGCACUCGAGGCUUAGCUCGAGGUUUCCAGACGCACUCGAGGUUCAGUCAUUUUCUCUACACGGUGGUCUGCCAUCCUUGGUUCUUUCAGACAGAAGACAACACCGAAUGGAGUAGCCAAUCGUUCUCCCACGAUUGACAUCCCAAGCACGUUUCCUACAGAGUUAACCCCAUUAAAUUCAGAUAUGAAGGGGGUAUAAUAAGAUGAGGCCUUGACGCUAACAAGGAAUACCAGAACAUACAGUCUGAAACAUGUGUAGUGUUAUGCAAGUUGACAGUAGAAGAGUUGACAUGUUGAAGAUCCUGCGUAAAACAACAGAACGCUUAGAAUGCGAUCACUGCAAUUUCAGAGGCUCUGACUAUGAAAAUAUACAGAUACACAUGGGUACUAUCCAUCCUGAAUUUUGUGAUGAAAUGGAUACUGCAGGAUUGGGAAAACUUAUAUUUUACCAGAAAAGUGCAAAGUUGUUCCACUGCCAUAAAUGUUUUUUUACCAGCAAGAUGUAUUGCAAUGUUUAUUAUCACAUCACAGCACACCAUGCAGGGCCUGACAAAUGGAACGAAGAGCAGAAAGAUCUUUUAGACACGGAAACCCUAAAGAAGCCUAUCUGUGUGGAGCCUCAAAAGCCUUCUCUGUCACCUGAGUCUCAUAAAUCCACUGUGGCUCCAGAAUCUCAGAAAUCUCCUUCUGAACUCCUGAAGUCUGAUGCAGGGUUGCUUUCCAAGGUACAAAAGCCCACCCCAAUUGCAUCAGUGGAGCAACAGAAAGUUGCUCCUAUUGCUUGCCCAGAGCCACAGAAACCUACCUCUGUUGCAUCAGAGCUUCCAAAGCCAGAUCCACUUAAACCAAAUCCUUCUGUGACUCCAGAACCAUUGAAGCCUGCCUCAGUUGAGUCCCCAGAGCUACCCAAACUAGUCUCAGCUUUAUCCCCCGAGCCACAGAAACCUGCUACAGCUACAUAUAUCGAGCCACAAAAACCCCUUACUGUUGUGCAUCCGGAACUGCAUGUAUCUAUUCCAGAGUCAGAAAAAUCUACACUUGUAUCUUUGGAAUCACAAAAAGUCGUUCCACCUGUAUCUCCAGAGUCUCAAAAAUCUGUUCUACCUGCAUCUCCACCUGUGCCUGCAUCAGAACCACAGAAAUUUGUUCCGGCUGUGUCUCCUGAGCCCCGCAGGCAUUCUCCAGCUGUGUCUCCCGAGCCCCGCAGGCAUUCUCCAGCUGUGUCUCCCGAGCCCCGCAGGCAUUCUCCAGCUCUUUCUCCUGAGCUAAAGAAAUCUACUUCUUUGUCCUCAGAAACUCGCAGGCAUAUUCCUCAAAUGCGAAGGCCUGCCUCAGCACUUUCCCCCGAACCACGAAAACCUGAGCCACCACUCUCCCCAGAUCCCUGGAGAUCUACCCCCAGUAUUGCUCCAGAGCCCUGGAGGACUACUACUAGUAUUUCUCAUGAGCAGCAGAAGUCUAUUACUGUAUCACCUUGGUCCCCCAAGCCUCCCACAUCUAUGCCACUUGAGCCUAGGAGACCUGCCUCAGAACCACGAAGGCCAGGCACAAUGAUGUCCCCAGAGCCUUGGAAAUCUACCUCCUUACCAGAAUCUCAGAAAUCUAGUCUUGCUUCCUCAGAGCCCUGGAAACCCAUUUCUUCUGUUUAUCCCGAAGGCUGGAAACCUGUUUUGUCUCCUGAAACCUGGAGGCCAUCACCAUCAGUACCACCCCCUGCACCCCCUCCCCCUCCCCCUCCUCCGCCACUUCCUUCUAUGUCAACAGAGCUUAGAAAAACUGGCCCUCCUAUGUCCUCUGAACUUUGGAAAUCAUCUUUCUUUCCUGAGCAACGUAAGCCAGCUCCUUCUGUGUCUCCUGAUCCAUGGAAAUUUUCUUCAGAUUCCCGAAAAUCUCCUUUCUUUUCAGAAACUCAGAAACCUACCCCAUUUGGUUCCUCUGAAUUGCAAAAGCGUGCUUUGAUUUCUGAGUCUAGAAAACGGACACUGUUUCCUGAGCCUAAAAAACCUGUUCCUCCUGUGUCUGCUGAGGUACAGAAGCGAUCAUUCUUCCAUGAAACUCAUAUAUCUUUUCCUGAAGUACAAAAACAUGCUCUCUUUUCUGAAUCUCAUAGAUCUACUCCUGUUUCUCCUGAAGCUCCCAAGCAUGCCUAUUUUCCAGAGCCUCAGAAACAUGUUGCUGUUUCUCCUGAAAUUCAAGACCAUGUUUCCUUUUCAGAACCUCAGAAAACAGCUGUUCUUUCUCAUGAAGUGCUGAAGUCUCCUACAAUUUCUCCAGAAAUCCAGAAACAUGCAAAUUUUGCUGAACUUCAGAAGCCACCACCUGGCUCCCCUGAGAAACAAAGGCAAGGUUUCUUUGCUGAGCCUUCAAAACACUCCCUUUCACCUGAACUUCAGAAAACUGCUCCCUCUGAUCAAAAGCAAGUCUUCACUUCUGAUGUCCACAAAUCAGUGGAAACAUCAGGCAUGGAAGUCCACAAAACUGCUGUCUCUGACUUCAGCCAACCUGCUGUCCCUGUUUUUUCAGACUUGCAGGCAUGUACUGAACCUGGUAGUAAAGAUUUCUUUACUGAGCAUCCAGAAAGUGAGAAUCCAUUCAGUAGUCUAUUAGCUCCAAAAGAACAGUCUGUACAGGUCAAGGAGCCUACAGAAGAAGUUUUAUAUUCUUGUCCAAAGAAGAAACCCAAGAAGGAAAAUCAGGAGACAUCUAAUAUAGACCUAAAUAGCAGUGAAAGUGGAAAUACUGAGAUGGAAACAUCGGAAGUAAAAGAACAAGAAUCUAUCAGUGAUCAAGAACAAUUUGAUACAGAAUCUUCUGAUCACAAUAAAGAGACUAAAAUUGAUAUAGGCUCUCCUACUCAGCCUCAGUGUAUGUUGCAGUUCACAGAAGAGAAGGAAGCUUUUAUCUCAGAGGAAGAGAUUGCAAAGUAUAUGAAACGCGGCAAAGGCAAAUAUUACUGCAAAAUUUGUUGCUGUCGGGCUAUGAAAAAAGGUGCUGUUUUGCAUCACUUGGUUAACAAGCAUAAUGUCCACAGUCCAUACAAGUGUGACAUAUGUGGAAAGGCUUUUCUCUUGGAAUCUCACCUUAAAAACCAUGUUGCAGCACAUGGUCAGAGUUUGCUUAAAUGUCCCCGUUGCAGCUUUGAGUCAAAUUUUCCUAGAGGAUUUAAGAAACAUUUAACCCAUUGCCAAAACCGUCAUAAUGAAGAGGCCAAUAGAAAGCAAGUGGAUGCUAGUAUUGAUCAAUCUAGUCAGAGCCAGUCCAGUGAAGAUGCCAAUAAAACACCAGUGGAUGGCACUGAACCAUUGAAUGACCUGCUUACUGAAUCACUUACUGAAACACAAACUUAGUGACACUUGGAAGUUCAGAAAAGACCAAAUGUAUUACAUUGUAGUCAGUGUUUUAACUAAAAUGGGUUUGUGUGUACGUAUGUGUGUAUAUAAUACACACAAUUGUUAGAAUGUCACAAUAAACUUGAUAGCCACAAUCCAGUGCAGAGUUAAGUCCACUAAAGCUGUUCAUUUAAAUAGAUUCUAGUAUGCUUAGCUGUAUUAGAUUGUGGCAAUUGUAAUUUUAAUUUGCAGAUAUAGUAGUUUGGUACAUGACUACCAAAUUAAUCUAGUACUUGAUUGUCCAAGGUCUUUUUGGCUUGCAGCUGUCCAAGAUCUUUUUUUAACAAAAAGGGCAAAUUAAGGCAUUAAAAAACUGCAGUAAAUAACUAGACAGGCAGAAGUCUGCAACUAGUCAACCACUUAAACUGUAUAAUCCCAAUUUUAUAUUAGACGAAACAUCUGAUGUUGGAAACUAUCACCAGAUGAAAAUAUCUUUGAAUAUUGCAUGGAAUAUAUAGUUGUUCAUCUGAAAUUGUAAGUUCAAUUCAUAUAUAUAUAGAGAGAGAGAGGAGAGAGAGAGAGAGAGACAGGGAGAGAGAAGGGAGGGAGAGCAGGAGGGAGGGAUGGAAGGAGGAAAAAGUAUGGUUCCCACCUCAGUGGAUUGCUUGUUUAGAUUUUCAAGUAGUUGUGCUUGUCUCACCAAAUUUGAAGCAUGCUUAGGUGUGAAAAAACUGUGCUGCAACUUAUGAUCCGCCAGAUGUUUUUAGUUCACAGUUCCCAUCAGCCUUAUUCAACAUAACCAGUGAUGAGAUACCUAGUGGGAGUUGCAGAUCAAAAUAAUUGGAAGUUUCCUACUCCUAAGCUAAGAUGAUGUCAAACGUAUUGGAAAUGCAUAUGUGCUGCCUUGUAUGAUUGCCCUUCAUAUUAGUGAGAACAUAUUAAGGAAUGUUUUCUAUUCUUUUAACAAUAAAAGUCAAUCGUAUAUUUAGAAUUGUCAAUGUAUGUGUUAUAUAAUAUUUAAUCAGCUUAUAUUUCACUUACUGAAAUUAAUAAUUUUCUGUUUAUUCACUAAUAUAGAAAAAUAAUUUUAUUUACAAUAAGUGUUCUAUUUCAUUCAUAUCAAAUCUAAUUGCAUAAAUCAUUCUUGGAUCCAGAAUCCUGAUUUAUGCAUUAUGCAUGCACAUACCUGAUGCACCUGCCCUUCAUGAGCGCUCAGCUUAGAUGUCAGUGGAAUGGUGUAAGAACCAUUCUGGUUGUACAUAAAUUGGCUCAGAAUAUUUGCCUUUCCAUAGAGACUUGCAUUCUGUAAGUAUAGUAAAAAAGCUGGAACCUGGAUAUGUUGUGUUUUGAGAUCUGGAAGUAGCACAUUGCAACCUUCUUACCCUCUUUGAUUUAUGGUACCAAAGUUGCAAGAUAUGUUGCUGUACUGUGCUAGUUCUAGAGGUGCUUUUCUACUCAUGGAAGGAAUCUUCCACAUGAGAGAAUUGUUUUAUACUUUGCACUAGAGCAUUGUGUAAGAAAAAUAAAUCAAGAUCAAGAGACUGUUCUUACUGAACAAGCAAACAGAAGCUAUGAGAGUACUGGGUACAUUCUUCAGUGUUUAUGGUUAAGUGCCUUCCAUUCAUAGCUAUGUGCAAAUUACUGCAACUAAUAGCCACUCAUAGCUCUCUGGUUCUGGCCCUAUACCCUGUUUUGUCAUUUGAAACUUGGAACGCCCGGUGUCAGGCAAUGAUGAAGCUCUGAAACAUUAGCAGAAGCCAGCCAAAGAUAAGCAUUUUUAAUUCUAUUGAAAUCAUAGCUAUGUGUGCCUCUGUGAAACUGGAAACUUCUAGUUUGUAGUAUACAGAUGGCUCCAUACAUGAUGGGUAUCUGUGCGUGGCCAGAGGUUUCUUCGAAGUUUUCAUGACAGAUGCUUGCAUUGCUUGAAAAAACAAGUCAGUUGUUUACUUAAAUUGUAGUGCAAAUCUUCAGCAGUACUGUACAAUCCUAUACUGAAGCUGUAUUUGAAGAGUCAUUUUAGCUGCUUGUAUAUCAUUGCUAAAUUUCUAGCUGUUAUAAAACAUGUUUUUCUAAGCUAUAACAAAUCCGAGGAGAAGCCCGAGUCUGUUACAUUCAGAAUAAUUAAAUUGGAUUUUAGCUAAAUGAGAAGAGAAACAAUUGUCUGUGUAUAAACAUAUUUAUACAAUUUGAAUUUUCAGAGAGAUCAUAAUGACUCCUAGAACAGUAACACCUGAUCUGCAUUUUGUACUCAUCAUUGAUUCAACAUGCUCAAGGACUGGAUUUUUCCAUUAUUGUGGUAUAAUGUUAGUGAAUUGUAUUAGUGUACAGUACUUUUGAGAAAUGAGAUAUUACAAAGAGAAUGAAAAUUAAAUGGUAUUCUAAUAAGUA